GUGAUUAAGUCCUUGCGGUGUCCUGUUCUAGCUUUCAAUAAAAGUUGUCUAGAAAUCGUCCGACUCUGUGAUCGACUGCAUCUCACGCAAUCCUCUUUUCUGCUAUCUAUUAUGCGGCCUGGAUUAAAGGAGGAAGCGGACGUUACAACACGGAGCUAACCAGGCUAACAGUGACAACAACCCGUCCACAGGCAAACAUAGCAGCUUUAUUCGUCGGUUUUCUCCACAAAGAACUUGUCUGUUUCAGAAACAGACUCAUUUCCACGCGUUCAUGCUUACUUAAGAGGAAAGGCAGCUGUCAUGUUAAACGGGCCGGUUGGAUUCGGAGGCUCUUCCUUCCUCCAGGCUGCUGAUGUCGCUGAGACUCGCUAGUAGCGCCUGAGCUCUCAGCUCCUCCGCUGCUGAUUCACAAUACGGCUGCUGUGGGUCCCUCGGCUCAGUGUAAGAAUGAUGAUGCCCAGCACUGGACUGUCUCAGGACCCCCAUCAGGGUUCAGUGGAAGGGGCAGAGCUGGUGCACUCAUUAUCCAAAGAGACCCCUGGGUCUCCAGAUGCCUCAGAGUUGGGAAGCCCGCGGUGUACACCAAACUUUGACCUCCUCAACAUGGUUGUGUCCUAUAAGAGGAUGGCUCUGUUUCUAGAGCCGGUCACAGAUGCAGUGGAGCUGAUGCGCUUCCUGCUUGGAUGGAAGAUGCCUGUGUGCUCUCUGCUUGCCUGUGUGUUCCUCAAUGUCUUUUUCUGCACUGUUACUGAAGUUGGUUGGUUCUCAGUGGGUGUGUUGGCUUUGUCAGCGCCUGCUGCCCUGGGUUACCUGCAGGACAGGUGUGGGGGCAGAGCUUCAGAAGCUGAGCUUGAGAAGAGACGUUUUCACGCCGUGCAUCGCAGAGACCUGCAGACUGUCCACCUCACCAAACAGGAGGCCAUGCUGGAAGUCAAAGGCUUGUUGAAAAACCUUGAUGACAUGCUUUCAUCUGCCUGCCUGUCAGCUGAAGCUGUUUACAAGGUCCUGUACUGGGAUAAUCACACCAAGUCAUCAAGGUUUUAUGGUGGAAUGUUAAUAUUGGUGUGUCUGCUUUAUGUCGCUCCCGUGGGCUGGGUACUCGCUGGGCUCAACAGCACCCUCUUCCUGUGGAACAGAGAUUUCUGCAGAGUUUUAUUUGACCUUCGGAAGCUUGCCCACAUGGGCCAGCCUGAGGCGUCAGAGGGGAUGAUGGAAGACCAGGAACUGGGCAACCUAUUAGACAGGACGCCUACACCCACAAGCCUGGAGGACCUUUCCCCUGGCAGUGUGGAGGAAGCUGAGGAGGCAGAGCCUGAUGAUGAAUUUAAAGAUGCCAUUGAGGAGCAUUCGUUGUCCCUGCAGGAAACUCCUCUGGUCUUAGUGGAGGAUGAUGACGGGCCUCUUGGUGCACCCGAGUAUGACACCAUCUCUGAAAACGGUCUCUUGAGCCGCAAUGAGCCAAUACGCGCCAAAGUCUCCAAACUGACAGAGAAACUGCGUAAGCGUUACCCUACCACCAGCACAGGCAACUGUUCAAACUGCAAUGCCGUCUUCUCAGUGCUUAAGAAAAGGAGGAACUGCAGCAACUGUGGGAACAGUUUCUGCUCUCGAUGCUGCUCCUACAAGGUGCUGAGAUCCUGCAUGGGGGCGACAGCUCCAGAGGCCCAGCGAGAGACUGUGUUUGUUUGUGCUGCCUGUAAUUCCUCUCUCAUCAAGUUACAAUGAGCUGGCAUGUCUCCAGCUGGAGAUGAUUCACUGUUCGCCCCGCAAGGCCUACGACACUGAAAUCCUGAAAUGCCUCAGUUUUCAAGCUAAGGCGCUUCUUUCUGUCAAAAUACCUCCUGAGUUGAACUCCAACAUCCCCACCCACCCACACCUUCCUUGCCUUUACCCAUCUCUCCUCUGAGCUACUUGUGUUUCUUGUCAGACUCCUACUGUAAUAUGUUAAAUAUUUCCACUUUUGUCUCUUUAAAUGAAGAACUGGACCUAAUUAAUCAUUGAGAAUUUCUGCAGGACUUUUUCUCUUUGCUGAGCAGAGGGAAGUGCAAAGCUAAGCAGGUCAGAGGCCAGAACUGGACGAUGAAGUUAGCAACACAAAUAAUUGCACAGGCAGUACAUAGUUUGGCUUUUUGUAGCUUUGCCAUGAGACAAAGCCAGAUUCACUUGAAUGUUGAUAUCUUCAGCCCUGUGUAGCAGAUGAACUGUGCUCUAAUGCUAAAAGGACUUUCUUUGGAUAAGACUUUCUAUUUUUCAAGUGAAAGCUGAGCAGAGGCUAGCAGUUUGCAUCAUGGAUUGUUCUGGUAAAAAAGAUACGGAUGUACAGCCAAAAGAAGCCUGUAUUUUUACAUCAUCUGAGGACCAGUGUUUGUGCAGGCCUGCCAGUCAAACUUCAGAUUUUUUAAGGCUGUGUACCGUCCACCAAACCGAUUAGAUCUGAUGCUCUUCAAUAAUGUCCUUCAAUUAGUGUAAGUCUUAAGGGAUCUUUUUACGGUUUUACUCUGUGUCCACUACCACUGCAGCUAACAUGCUCUCCUUGUUAAUGUGCACAUGUUUUUUUACCAGAUCCUGAGUUGAUACGUGUUGAAGCAUAUCCUCAGAGAGCCUUGUUCAAGAGCACAAAGUAGUUUUUAGAAAACUCAUCUACUUAGGUUUGUUUUCUUACCCGGUGACCCAGCCGGCCAGACGAGCAUGCAAGAAUUGAAGGGAACAGAUAACUGGAUGACUGCAAACUCAAAAUGAAUGGACUUCAAUGAAACAUGCUACAUUUUGGACAUUGUGAAGUAAAUGAAUAGUUGUUUGAUCGACCAGCUUGGUCCAAUCAUUCUGAUCAAAUUUCUGCUCCAUUUUUGGUGUAAUUUUUCCAGUCAUGGCAUGAGACUUCUGGAGUGAAGUUGCAGCCAGUAAGAGAAAAAGAACUGCUAGAGGACUGCACUUUUCCUCUUACUGGCUCAACAUCAACCAAACUGGACAAAAGUUGCUUAUUUGAACUGCUCAAGUCAUCGUCAGAGCCUCACACUCUUGCAAGCGGGACUUCGAAGAAUUUAUGUGGAGGCAUUAUAAGUAUCAAUAUGAAUCUUGCUGAUUAAGUUUUAAAUAUGAUUUAGACACUGAUGAUUGUAUGUUUGCUUUGCUUUUAUUGUAAUCAUGUAUAAGCUAUGACUAUAAAAUGUUCUACUAUAUCUAAUAUAUUUAAUUUAAGUCUCCAGGAAGUGCAAAUUAUUAAUUAACCUUAUUCAUUCUGUAUAUAUUGCCCUCAUUUUUUGGAUGAGAAUUACCAUUAUUAAAAUAAACUCUGUGAUGGUUUCACUACCUUUAAGCCAGAGGUGGUUAGUUGUUAUUUUCACAUGAACUCUUUUAAGUUCUGCUGAUGUUCUUACUUCAUAAGUGUGGACACAUAGAAAGCCCAUAAAAAUGAUAUUUUAA